CGGAAGCUGUUUGUGGGAAUGCUGGGCAAGCAGCAGGGCGAGGAGGAUGUCAGGCGCCUGUUCCAGCCCUUCGGCCACAUCGAGGAGUGCACAGUCCUCCGGAGCCCGGAUGGCACCAGUAAAGGCUGUGCCUUUGUGAAGUUCGGGAGCCAAGGAGAAGCCCAGGCGGCCAUCCAGGGUCUGCACGGGAGCCGGACCAUGGCGGGGGCCUCGUCCAGCUUGGUAGUGAAGCUAGCGGACACCGACCGGGAGCGUGCACUGCGGCGCAUGCAGCAGAUGGCCGGCCAGCUGGGUGCCCUGCACCCUGCACCGCUGCCCCUCGGGGCCUGCGGAGCCUACACCACCGCGAUCCUGCAGCACCAGGCAGCCCUGCUGGCAGCGGCCCAGGGUCCAGGCCUUGGCCCAGUGGCAGCUGUGGCAGCCCAGAUGCAGCACGUCGCAGCCUUCAGCCUGGUGGCUGCCCCUCUGUUGCCAGCAGCAGCCAACUCCCCACCUGGAGGUGGCCCAGGCACCCUCCCUGGUCUCCCCGGACCCAUCGGGGUCAAUGGAUUCAGUCCCCUGACCGCCCAGACCAACGGGCAGCCGGGCUCCGACACGCUGUACAAUAACGGGCUCUCUCCCUACCCAGCCCAGAGCCCUGGCGUGGCUGACCCCCUGCAGCAGGCCUACGCUGGGAUGCACCACUACGCAGGUCCAGCAGCCUAUCCAUCAGCCUAUGCCCCAGUGAGCACAACUUUUCCCCAGCAAUCUUCAACCCUGCCCCAGCAGCAAAGAGAAGGCCCCGAAGGCUGUAACCUCUUCAUCUAUCACCUGCCUCAGGAGUUUGGGGAUGCAGAACUCAUACAGACCUUCCUGCCUUUUGGGUUUGUUAGUUUUGACAAUCCAACCAGUGCCCAGACUGCUAUUCAGGCCAUGAAUGGCUUUCAAAUUGGCAUGAAGAGGCUCAAGGUCCAGCUAAAGAGGCCUAAGGAUGCCAACCGGCCUUACUGA